CGGUUUCCACGGUAUUGUUUACAGUGUCGUUAUGGAAACGCCGCUAUGCGAUGUCAUCACGCACUCUACGUGUUUCAACGUGGGGGUGUGGUUACAUCGCGCAUGCUCGGAGGUACAUGGAGAACGCCAAGCAGAAUAUUGCACACACCUGG